UCCGGAGAUAGCCGAUGUAUCACGAUUGCACUCUUGAUCACCAGACGAUUUAUUUCAUAAAUCGGAGGUUCCGAAGAUAGUCGAUGUAUCACGAUUGUCAACUCACUUCCUCUCUUGAAAUCGAAAGUGCACUGGAAAAUAACGUAACAAAAAUCGUCAAAAUAAUGGUUUUUAUUAAUCGAUACACAGCAUUAAUAUUAUAUAAAUUGCGUGAUUGUUGAUCGGCAAUACAUAUAUGGAAUCAAAUAGAUGUAGUCAGGAUAUGCUACAUUAUUGAGAAAAUGGGCGACCAAGAAGAAAUUUCACCUGAGGACAUUGAUCCUGAAGCACUUGAAUAUGCUCACGAGUUACAGUCAUUGGCAAAGGAGAUAGCAGAUAAUGAAGAUAUGGCUAAACAGUUAAAAUCAAUACUUGAGACAGUAGCAAAUGAAUCAGUUCGCGAAGAAAGGGAUUAUCUCCUUUUGACAGACCAGAUAAGAGGUUUUGCUGAAAGUCUAGGGGUUACGGCACCAUUUUCAGUCAGUAGAACUAAAGCUGUAAUUAACAUCCUGCUUUUGAUGUGGAAUCAUACAAGUGUUGCUAGGUAUGUUAUGAAAAGUGUUUACAAUGUGGAAAUAGCUACAACAGUUGAUGAAAUGUUAGAACAGUUUCCAAGUGAUCUUAAACAGCUUGAUGAAAGGUCUGCUGAGAUUUUUGCAAAAGCUUUAAAAGAUGGCUAUGAACAAGUUAAGAAUAUUCGUUUGAUGGUCGUCGGUAUGUUUGGCGUGGGAAAAACGUCCCUUGUAAACAAUUUGAUCAAAGACCUAAGGGAUGAAAACAUAAUUCCUUUAAGCACCGAAGGUAUUGACCUGAAAAGGUGUCAGCUGAUGAGCAACGGAGAUUGGCAUUUGGAUAAAGAACAAAAACAAGCAAAAUAUAAAUCCAGGUUUAAACUCGCUCUAAUGGAUGCCAUCAAAAAUAUACCCUCUGUUCCUCGUAAUAUUCAGACUGUUCCAGAACGCGAGCAUGAUGAAGGAGAAUCUGAAGAAAGAAAUACAGUUAUUGAUAAACCACUAGAUCGUUUGAAAGAAAUAGCAGAAAAGGUUCAAGUUCAUAAAGACGAUGAUGACAUAAAAGAAUAUUUUAAACUAGCCAAGGAGGAACCUAAAAUUGAAAUUCCCGUCACCGUACCUGCUCCUGUUAUAACAAAUACUGACGUUACUGUAUCUGUUUGGGAUUUCGCCGGUCAGACACUUUAUUAUUCUACUCAUCAGUUCUUUCUGAAUAGGAGGUCUAUUUACUUAGUUCUAAUGGACAUGACAAAAGAUUUGGAUGAAUAUGUUAAAGAAGAAGAAAGAAGUGGGACAUGGUGUGGUUUGGUUAAAGACUGUACUUAUUUGGUUGUCUUUAAAUUUUGGCUGAAUGCAAUACACAUGUACAGUGGUUACAGGUCUAUGGCAGGUGAAAUUAAACCGACUGUAAUUUUAGUUGGUACUCGAAAAGAUAAGAUGCUGGGGACUGACGAAGAAAAAGAUACUCGUUGUGAUAAAUAUUUUGAACGUGCACUUGGAUCGUUUAAAGGUUCGCCGAUCUUGAAACACAUAUACCAUAGGAAAUUCCUAGUGAAUAAUAAAUCUCCAACAGAUAAUGUUUUUGAUGAGAUACGAAACGAAAUUUUACAUUUGGCAGAAAAGCAAGAUUAUUGGGGCGAAAACUAUCCUGUGCGAUGGAUCCAGAUGGAACAGUCUCUUGACAAAAUGAGAGAUAAAGGCAAACAAGUAUUAAAACUUGAAGAGAUUGAAGAGAUUAACGACGCCAAUAAAGUACAUCCACUUGGUAAAAAGAACCUAGAAUUGUUUUUGGAAAUUCAGCAUAGACAUGGCAAUAUCCUUUAUUUCAACACAGAGAAACUCAGGCAUUUGGUUGUUCUUGCCCCGCAAUGGAUCAUUGACGUCUUCAAGUGCUUUAUAACACAUCUGCGAUAUAAAGACCCUAAAUUGAUAGAACAUUGGAAAAUAUAUGAGGAUUUGGCUAUUCUUAAACCAGAGGUGUUCCAUGAAAUAAUGGAUAAUAGUCGACCAGAUAUUAAAGACAAUAAAGAAAAUGUUAUGAAGUACAUGGAGUACCUGGAUGUUAUGGCAAAGCCCUUAGUGCUUGAUGAAACCGACAAAGCAAAGGACCUUAUUGGACAAGCUACAACUGAUGUAGUUGAACCAUUGAAUGUCAAAUUUCUUGAUUUCCAUAUAGUGCCCUGCCGACUUAAGAACCCACCACCUCCCAUUUCCCAAUUUACUUCGCCGGGACAUCGCAAGAAAACACCUGUUUUAUGUUUUGUUUUUGUCGAAAACUUCAUGCCACCAUCUUUUUUCCACAGACUUGUUGCCGUUUGUAUUCGCACUUGGCCUAUCAGCAAAGAAGGAGGCAAAGACCUGUUGUACAAUGGACUUGCUGUGUUUGACAUUGGCCCAACCGAUUUUUUGACAAUCUGGUUCAAAGAUCACAUUAUUUAUGCAAGAAUAUCUUCCAUUACGAGUAAUGCAAUAACUGACCUUGAUUUUGAGCUGUGUCAGAAAGUAAGACUCCUACUUAGACGAAGUUUGUUAAAUUUUGUAGGUCAGUCAUUGGAAAACCCUAGAACUCCAACAGCAUUUGAAGAGUACAUUCAAUGCCCAAAGAUGCAAGAUCCUCUUAAGGAAGGCAUGUUCAGAGUGGCUGCAUUCAUGUAUGAUCGUGAAUUAACUUGCACAGAAUGUAGGUGUCGCCAUCCGGUAGAAAGGGAAGAGGCAUUGAACUACUGGUAUAAACAGAAAUUGGACGGACUUGAUAACGAUGAUGAUUCAAAUAAACCAGCUGUUGAAAGUGAUUUAUUGGAGGUUGCCAAGGAGAUUGGUGAAAAGGAAUACUGGAUGUUAGGCAUUCAACUUGGGUUUGACGAUGCGCAAAUGAACAAACUUUAUGAUGUUAAAGAAUGUAGAAAGGAUCAUCGUACAUUUGUUUUCAAAUACAUGGUUACGUGGAUGAAAAGAGAAGGGGAGAAGGCAACUCAACAACGUCUUAAUCGAGCUAUUCGCGCUGCUCGUGUUAAUCUCUAAAAAGAGGAUGUAUCGCAUAUCAGCUUAAAAACAACACCAUUUCUGAUAUAUAACGAUUGUGCGCGUUACUGGCUCACUGAGCAUCACAUCUCAUGUCAUUGGGUUAACUGGGGUAUUGGGCGCUCAUAACCAGUUCAAGAACAAUAAGGUUCAAGAACAAUAAUACUACACAUCGUACUUACCGGUACAUACAGGAAUAUAACUAAGCAGAAGAUAACAUUAUAUCGACCCAAUUAAUUUUGGACGGGUGACUAGAAACCAACGUGUUAUUUUUUUACCAUCAGUAAUGAAAGACACGUGAUUUCGUAAUAUUUGUAUUAUUUAGACAUUCUUAAAAAAUCUAACAUAUUGUUUCAGUUAUCAUUAUAUCAAAGUAAGCUAGUGCAAAAUCGAAAGUUUCGUUCACAUGUUUUUGUAUAUAGGUAGAGCUAUUAAAGUGUGUUCGUUUGUGAUAUUUGUACAAUAUUGCUUUUUUCGUAUGACACAUAUCACAUAACAUUAACCAUGUGUAUAAUUAUGCGCGAAAAUACGUGUUACGAAUGCUUAAAAGCGGACAUGUAUCUUCAAAGUUUAAUUGUGUUUGGUUAGAUAAAUAGUGAGUUUGUAUACACUAUUUUCAUCAUCUAUGUGUGUGAACAGUUGGUAUUAUUUCUCCUUAAACUAUAGUGUGUUUAAAACUUUAAAUUUUCUAUAAUCUUUUAGUGUAAAAAGAUCAUUAUUGACGGCGUUCGUGUAUAAACAAGCAAAGAUUUGAAAAUCUCAUUCAUUAGGACGUUGGAUUGAAAUACAUGCGAUUGACAAGUUAGAAUAAUAGAUGUUCAACAAUAAUACUGUUAUUUAAGUCAAAUUAAAUAUAAUCAUUACAAUAAAGUUAAAUGCUCAAAAGUAACACCAAAUGCGAAAUAUUCUCAAAUCAGAUUGUAUAACUGCAAACUUUUUAUAAGCCUGACACUCAUUAGAAGAUGUCAACAGGACGUAUACUGCUUUUGAUAAAUGUAUGAUGAACGGUAAUGUAAUAUCUAAAUGAAAUGAAACUACAGAAACUUUAAUAGAUUUUUUUCUUGUUAAAGUAAGUAUAAACCAUUCUAAUGUAAUAUAUUAAUAAACCGUUAAUCGUACCAUAAAUCAAAUACUGUCAAGUUAUAGUGGUUUUCAAUUGCAUAGGUUUUGUCACUUGUUAUAGUGGUCUGGUGUUUAUAUGUGUAUAUUUUAUUCGAUUAACUGCUAACAAUAAAAGUUUUUACAAUGUACUACAAUUAUUACAAUAAGAGAAAUACGUUUAAAUGGCUUCAUAUGAUAUGUAGCCAAAUAAUAAUGAUUCAUGUGGAUACCAUGUGUUUGUUCGCAAGCAGGCUUGGACAAUUGUAUUCAUGAGUUACGUAAUAUGCUUUAUAUUAUUGUAUAAUGACACAUAUUAUAAACACAUUUGUAAAUGCUAAUUGUAAAGCAUAAUGCAUGCGUAUAUAGGAAUUUGCUGUAGGUACAACAAUGCAAAUAUGAUGUGUGUUGUUGAAUAUUUUGUGGUUUUGGUCAUUAUUGUAUACAUGUAUACAAUUCUUUGCAUAAUUUUGUUUGCAAAAAAUGUUGUUUGUUUAAACUUUAAUAUGUGGUUAUUGUUCAGACGAUUUUAAGUGUGCCAUGUGUUAUGCAAUCGAUUUUGAGUGUCCUAUGAGUUACUAUACACACAAUUUUGAGUGAGCUAUGCGUUAUUAUGCAGACAAUGUUGAGCGUGAUAUUUCACUUAAAAUGUUCUGUUUCAUAAGAACUGUAAGAUUACUUUUUUUUGUUUUCUUUUUUGGUGUUUCACCUUUUACAGGGGUGUGAUUUAGGAACCACCCCAGGGAAGGAAAAUUCACUACCUUCCCUUACAAGGUUCUACGAAACUCUUAAUUCGUAUAUAGAUCCAGCAAAGUUAACAACUUUUGUAAAAUUAGUUUGACAUGGAAAGGUAGAAAAAAAAACAACCCUGUUUUCAAUAAUGCCCAUUCCAAGUUAAAAGUUUGUAAAUCUAUGUUUUUGUUUACACUCAUUUGUGGACCAUCAUUUUAUACACGAUUGUUUAAUGCCCUUCUUCUAUGCGUUACUAGGCACACGAUUUUUAGUGUACUGUGCGUUAUUAUGUAGACAUUUUUGAGUGUGCUAUUUCACUGAUUAUGUUUUGUUUCGUGAAGUCAAUUUUUUUUUUUGUUUUCUUUCUUUGUGUUUCACCUUUUACUGGGGUGUGAUUUAGGAACCACCCCAGGGGAGGAAAAUUCACUACCCCCCCCCCCUUGCGAGGUUUUACGAAACUCUUAAUUCGUAUAUAGAUCUAGCCAAGUUAAAACUUUUGUAAAAUUAAUUUUACAUGGAAAGGGAGGAAAAAUACACCCCUGUUUACAAUAAUGCCCAUACAAAGUUAACGUUUGUCAAAUCGAAGAUUGUGUUUACACUCAUUUGUGGACCAUUAUUUUAUACUCGAUUGUCUGAUUCCCUUCUUCUAUGCGUUACUGGGCACACGAUUUUGAGUGUACUGUGCUUUUAUAUGCAGACAUUUUUGAGUGUGCUAUUUCACUGAUAAUGUUUUGAUUCAAUAAGAACCUUUAAGUUUCAGAUAACUUUAAAAAGGUCUUAUAUAGUCAAAUCAACAAGAUUUUUUGUUUUCUCUUUUGUUAUGCACCUUUUAAAAUUUAUAACAAUGACAUUUCAAAGUUAAACGUUUAAAUGUCCAAGUUUUUGUUUACACCAAUUUGUAGACCAUCAUUUUAAAAUCGAUUAUCUUAUGCCCUUCGUAUUUCUGGGCUAUUUCUAAUACUCCUUCUCAUAUGUGGGUGUCAGCUUGAAUGUUGUUUAAGUGAAACUUUGUGUGCAGUCGUUUAAACUAAGACAGGUAAAAAUCAUAAAUACAUACAUGCCUUGCAAAGAAGCAUGUAUUCCAUUAAUUUAUUUUAGUAAUUUGGCAUUUUGUUGUUCAGAACUAUACUUUAAAGCAUCUAUAACGCUCAAAAUCAACGAAAUUUUCGUAAAGUAUUUCGUAAAAUAAAGUUAACAUCAAAACAAUCAGUGUUCCUUAUAGCAAUAGCCACAAUUUCAACGCUUGAUGUGGUAUGAUUACAUAGAUAAUUAUAUGUAAAUAAUUUUAAUUUUAUAUGAUUACGUUGUAGGCUUGCUUGGUUUGUGUCUAAAAGUUACUGAAAAGUAACCAAAUAAUCAAAGGUAAACAUAUACUUACACACAUUGACCAUAAUUCAUUUCUGUGUUGAUUGAAUAGAUUGUUUAUACGUGUAUAACAAAAUGUCAGUAAGUAGUAUAAGUAGUGCAUGUAUAUGUAGUGCAAUUAUAAGUAUUAUGCACAUUUACCUAUGUUAAUUUUCAAUAUGAAUUUAUAUAAUUUCAUAACUGAAAAGUUUAAUUGCUUAACCACCGCAUAAGUUUUAUCACUACAUUUGUAUUGGGUUCAGUCAUUUAAUGUUGCAGUAAUUAUUAUUGGUUUUAUACCAAUAUUUAUAAUACGUUUUCCAUUCUGAAGACAUAAAGUGUAUUAAUACAGAGCACAUGUAUAUUCAUGUACAAAUACAAUAACACUUUUGAAAAAAACUGAGCUGCUCAUGGCAAUAAACUGAAGCAAACUUAAACAAAAAUGUGUGAUAUCAUAUAAAUUAAGAAUACAUGUUUGUUUUUUUUGUAAAUACUGUUAUUUCAAGUAACUUAUUGUUUAAGUGUAUUUGCUGUAAGUUCAUGUUAUAUGUGACAUUGCUCACAGUAAUAACAUGUUGCAUGAAAGAAUCAGGUUGCUGAUUUACUUUACAAUAAGCUUACAAUAUCAAUUUUUUUUUCAUACCUCGAACUAUAUGAUGGUCAUUUAAGCCAUAUUUUUGGACUAGUGUUCUUUAAACUCAAGCUUUUCAUAGUGAUUUCACCAAAAAUCACUUUGUCUGCACGCUUGAUGUUAAAUUUGUUAUCUGAUUUCAUUAAAGGAAACGUAACACAAAGCGAUAUGAAAUAAACAUAGACUUAAUUGAUAUAGUAAUUUUCACAUCAAGCAAUGUUUUGCUUUCCAUUUAAACAAGCAAAUUCGUUUAAUUGAUAUCCCCCGCCAAAGAAAUUUUGUUGGAUGGGUGUAGAACUAAAAGAAAAGGUAUAAGUGAAGGGUUGUGCCUGAUAAUUGAGAACAAUUACAUCAAGACAAUUUGAGAAUCCAUUUUAGUAUGGUAGAAACCUUAACAAAUAAGGUGUAUUAAAUCAAAAUGUGUGAUUUUGACCUUUGUGUGUGACUUUGACCAUGACCCUAGCAACAUGGAUCUUAUAUUUGACACGCAGCUAGAUAAUGGAGAAUAUUUUAUCAAAAUAUGUGAUUUUGACCUUUGUUUGUGACCCUAGCAUAGUGAAUCUUAUAUUUGACACGCAGCUAGAUAAUGAAGAACAAUUAGUGUGAACAGUUAUUACAGAAUCCCUUGGUGCAUAGUAAAGGAAUGACUAGAUAAUGAAUAAUUCAUCAAAUUUGUCACCUUUGACCUCAAUGUGUGACCUUGACUUUAGCGCUUAGGAUUAUGUGUGUUGAAUGUGAAGCACCCCCAGAUGAUUGAGAACAACUAUGGCAAGUUUCAUGGCUCUAGCUGAUGUGUUAAUGGAGAUAAAGCUCUAAGCUUAUAUUAAAAAGCAUUUUUUCAAGAUACAACGGGCCAUAACUCCGCUAUUAACCGAUGGUGUACAAUUCCAUUUGGCGUGCAUCAUCCCCUUAUCCAUAUAUGUACUAAUACCAAGUUUCAAUGAAAUCCGCCAAAGCACUUCCAAGAUAUGGCUCCGGACGGACGGAUGGAAAGGCGGAUGGACAACGCCAAAACAAUAUCCCUCUGUCUAUGGCGGGGGAUAAUACACAGACUGUAUUGUUGUGUAAGAGUGCUUAUGUACCAAAAUUGCCAUGUGUGUUUUUGUCGAAAAGAAAUGCUUGUUAUGUAUGUUGAAAGAUUUGAAAUUUGAAUAUAUGUUAUUUCUCUUAAUUUAUGUUAAUAAUAUUGUAUGUGUUUUUUUUUAUUGUUUUAACAUGAAAUUGUUUAACAUUUACAAUUAUAACAUCUAAUGCAGUUAAUCGGAGUCGCAUUUGAUUAAACUGUACGAUACUCGUGAUGCUGACAUAAAAAUAGUAUUUAUUAUUUUUAUAAAAUUUAUCAAAUUUGGUGUUCAGUUUGAGACAAUAAAUGAACGAAAGUUAAGACGAAGCUCAUACAAUGAAGUCGCACAUAAAUUUUUCUUAUGCUACAAUUUUAUUACGUGUAUAAUAAACGUUGAAAUUAUAUUCAUACGCUACUUAUUGAUACAAAUAUUCCACAUUAUCGUUACAGAAAAUGAUACACAUUUUAUUUGCAUGGAGAAUUUAUAUUACUUUUCAUAUUUAAGCGCCAAUUAAGAAUUGGUGAUAUCGUGACUUCUUUCAUAUGCAUUAACAUGUCUAAUUUUUAUAGUCAUCAACAUGUUAAUUUUUUUUACAGUUUUAUCUGUUUAUAUCCUUUCUUUCUAAAUGUGUCUCUCUAACAUGAUAAAGUCUGAAAAAUUCGUGUCUGUUAAUGUAUUUAACCUAUGACCAAAUUUUUUUAAAACUGUCAAUUGCCAACCUGUGCGAGUCCGUUUAAAUGCAGGCAUUUUGUCCUGUAAGGAAACAUGUAGCAAGAGUCAGCAUCCGAGAUUCCGAGUUUACAUCAAUUCCAUAUUGCUAGAAAUGUAUUUAUACAUCUAAAUAUUCACAACUUGUGAUAAUAAUCAUUAAUCAAUUCAAUUAGUAUUGAUCAAUUUAAAUGUCAACAUUAAAUUAACAAUUUUCCGGAUAAAAUGUGUAGCAUGUUGACCAAGAGCUGCCUUUUGCCAGAAAAUUUCUCUUUUUAAGCAAAAAGAAACAAAUCAAGAUGAGUUACAUGUACUUUGGUUUCCAUGUGCAGUAGUCUGUUUCGAGAAAACUUUAUUUCAGACUAUAAGUUUACCAAAGUUCAUCUUAAAGUUAGUUAAUUUUCAUCUAAAAAUACAUUUCUUGCAAAAACAGGCCCUAACAAGCUCUGAUGAAUAUCUAAAAGAUUGGAAUUAACUUCAGCAGAUAGCGAGAGGUCCGUAUAGUAGACAGCGUAGACUUUAGUGGCAACGUACUUUAUAGUCCUUGGUUUCAAAGUCACAUUAAGCAGUGGAAGCAAAAUAAGACAAAAUAGUCAACAAUUUAUUUUCCACUUCAGAUUUGCAACAUGUGUAUGUAUGUCUUAUAACAUGUUUGUAUCAAUGGCUGAAUGAGACAAUAAAACAUAUAUUAUUUA